UGUAAUUUACUCAAAAGCCAAAGUAACCAAACUAAAAGUUUUACAUAUCCCCAGAGGAAAAAAAAAAAAAACAGUUCUUUUUCUUUUACUUCUGAAACACUUAAGAGAGCUUUCCUAAAGUAUCCUCUUAGCCCAUCCUAAUACUUUUUCUUUUGCCCAAAAUGGCCCCUGAGAUUCCCGUAAACUCGGCCUAUGUAUCCGAAAAGGCGUAUCAAGCACCUCCAACGAGAGCUUAUGUGACGUUUUUGGCAGGAAAUGGAGACUACGUGAAGGGAGUGGUGGGAUUAGCAAAGGGUUUGCGUAAGGUCAAAAGUUCUUAUCCUCUUGUUGUUGCUAUGCUGCCUGAUGUGCCUGAGGAACAUAGAGAGAUAUUGAGGUCUCAAGGCUGCGUUGUGCGUGAGAUCGAGCCUGUUCACCCUCCAGACAACCAAGUCGAGUUUGCCAUGGCAUAUUACGUUCUCAACUACUCAAAACUUCGUAUUUGGAACUUUGAAGAGUACAGCAAGAUGAUAUACCUUGAUGCCGAUAUCCAAGUCUUUGACAAUAUCGAUAACCUCUUCGAUUUGCCUGAUGGGUACUUUCAUGCCGUGAUGGACUGUUUCUGUGAGAAAACAUGGAGCCACUCGCUGCAGUAUUCCAUCGGGUAUUGUCAACAGUGCCCGGAGAAGGUCACAUGGCCGGAAGAUAUGGAAUCUCCUCCUCCACCUCUGUAUUUCAACGCCGGUAUGUUUGUGUUUGAGCCUAGUCUUUUGACUUAUGAGAGUCUCCUUCAGACCCUGGAGAUCACACCACCUUCACCUUUUGCAGAACAGGAUUUUCUCAAUAUGUUCUUUGAGAAAGUUUACAAACCGAUCCCUCUGGUAUACAAUCUGGUUCUGGCUAUGCUUUGGCGUCACCCUGAGAACGUGGAGCUUGAGAAGGUCAAGGUUGUUCAUUACUGUGCAGCUGGAUCCAAGCCAUGGAGGUACACUGGAGAAGAAACUAACAUGGACAGAGAAGACAUCAAGAUGUUAGUUGAUAAAUGGUGGGAUGUAUAUAAUGAUGAAACUCUCGAUUUCACAUCAAAAAUCCCUGCAGAUGUGGAAGAAACCGUUACAAAAUCGAGCAUCCUAGCUUCGGUACUCGAACCGGAAAUUACCUUCUUUCCUGCACCUUCCGCUGCUUGAGAUGUCUUGCAGGAAAGGGCACAAACUAGACUUGGUUUGUUCCUCUAUCUAUUUUCGUUUGAUACACGUAAACAUAGUUUGAAUUAGUAUAAAAGAAGAUAAGGAAACCUUGGUGAACUGGAUCACAGUUCUUAGCUGCCCUUUCUCGACCCGAGAGGUUUUCAAUUUGUGUGUAAGGUGUUAAACUACUAAUGAAAUAAGUAUUUGUAACGCUAUAUUUGUGUACAGACAACACUACAAAUGUUCAAUUUGUUAAGCCUAGUAAUUACAAGGGUGACCUA